GGCGAAAAUUGGACUUUUGAAGAAAAGGUUAGUUCAAAUCAAUUAUCUUGUUAAUAAACAAUGCAAUAAAGCAGAAUUUUAUUCAAUUAAUACGACUUUCCUCCUUAUUCCAGGAAAUACUACGUCAACUUAUUUCGGAGUCAGCUCACAUAUUAGAAAAUAAAUCAACUAAGACGAAUACCAAUAUGUUGAAAUCUAAAGAAUGGCAAAAUAUAACAAAUAAACUGAACGAACUUAUGGGAAGAAAUCGAACUAAUGGAGAGAUCAAAUUGGCUUGGAAGCGGAUGAAAUUGGCAGCCAAAGCCAACUUAUCUCUCCACAGAAGAGAACAAUCUCAGACGGGAAGUGGCAAAAAACCCCCGUCACCUUCUCCAGAGGACUUGGCAGCCAUGUCUAUUGCUCCUCAUGAUUUUGCUAUAGAUGUGAAUAAUUAUGAUAGUGAUGCUGUGAUUACAACCACACUUGAUUCAGUUGCAGGCACUAGCUCUGCCACUGAUCUAGUUAUAUUAACUGUUGAUGAUAUAGAAUCAAAUAACAAGGAAAAAUCAGGAGCGAACAAGUCCAUCAGGCUAUUAUAAAUAGAAAUGUAGAGUUUAAGAAGAAACAACUAGAAAUGUUGGAGGUGGAGCACAAAUACAAUAUACUAAUUUGACAAUUAAAAAUAGAAAAACUACAAUUGCAAAUUCAACUGUUGAAAUAUCCAAAUAGAUCUUUUACUCAAGAACCCGAGAGAAAUACCAGAUCUGAAGAAUAAAAUAUGAAUAAAAGUACAAUUUACAAUAAUUGUACAAGGUUUUAAUACAAUAAAAAUAUAUAGACAAUUAUCUCAGCUUCAUUCUUAAUUUCAAAAGUACUUUAAUAACAAUCCAAAGCUUUUCAAAGGCCUCCUCUAAGUCAUAACAAAUUAUUUAUGAACUAGCAAAACUUUAUUCAUAUUUAAAUCAAAUAUUAUGUUUUAUAUGUUAAAAUUGGUAUACUAAUACAUACUUAAUUAUCCUUUUCAGAUAAUUAAAAACUUAACUUUUUCCUAUCAUUAUAUCAUCAAUAUUUUAAGACUGGUCUAAAUGUUACUAUUGAUACAGUAUC